CAGCGAGGCUGGGGUAGGCGGGUGAAUUGGCAGCGUCUUCUCGGCUUGCGGGGCCAGGGGUAACCUGAUUCCGGCGGUUCUCCAAGGGUGAACUACAACUCCCGUCGCCACUGCGGCUGGGAAUGAUGGGAGUUGUAGUCCAACAAGAGCUGGAGGCCCCAGCUCUAGGCGUAUUGCAUUUUUCUUUCUAUUUAAAGGGAGGCGUGCCGCGCGGCACGGUUUGCAGCAAGUAGGCGGGGGGGAAGGAAGCCGAGUCAGUGACGACAGUGGGAGGUGGAGCCGUGACGACAUUGACUCCGCCCAUAGUGGACCCUCUGCGACUCAGGUGUCUGCCUUGGCCCGCGAGGUCACCCGCUGACAGAAACAGCCCACGGGUGACUGGCUGCCUGUUCCAUGUGAGGCGAUGGGGGGCGAUUCCCCGCUAGCAGCAGCAGCAGCAGCAAAAGCAAGACGACUAAGGCGUUUAGUGUCAAUUUGGAAACAAGAUUAAGCACUGAGAUGUUUUGCCACUGGGAGACAGUUAGGUUGUGUGUCAAGAAACUACCACUGCAGCAUAUUAUCCAGGCGAGAGCUUUAUCGGGGGCUGAUGCUGUUAAUGCUCUGCGGCCGUUUUAUUUUGCAGUGCACCCAGAUUUCUUUGGCCAGCACCCCAGAGAGAGGGAAAUCAAUGAAAAUUCUUUGAAGAGAUUAAAUGGUUAUUUGGAGAAUCUCCAGAAACCAGGCUUCAGGACAUUUAAACCAACCCAGCUCACUUUCUAUGUUCGAGAGCGAGAACAAAACCCUUCCAAGGUUCAAGAAUCAUUUGGUGCUUCAGGAUUUCGAGCUGUCAGUUUCACUUUGCGCACCAGGGACCUGCUAAGCACAGUACUGGACAUCCUGAACUCUUGUAGUUUAUCGACUGAGCAUGUCCCAAGCCUGAAUGGCAAUGCAGAUACUCGGUCUAACCAGAGAGCACAAGGAACAUUCCGCAGGCCUAUUAAGUGGGACAAGACUUACUACUCUUUUACUGGAUUCAAGGAUCCCGAAGAAGAACUUGAGCAGGCCCAGAGGAUGGAAACUACUUUGCGUUCCUGGUUAAAUAAUAAUCAAAAGAGUGCAGUGAAGAAGCUGAAGGAUAGCUUACCGCUCAGGAAGGAACUGGACCGUUUGAAAGAUGAACUUUCUCAGCAGCUACAGCUCUCCGAUAUUAGAUGGCAGAGGAGCUGGGGUGUUGCUCAUCGGUGUAGCCAGCUACACAGUCUAAGUCGGCUAGCUCAACAGAGCCCAGAAGCCCCAAGGAAUGCAAAAGGACGCACAGUGAUAUUUACAGACCGUUCAGGCAUGAGUGCAGCAGGCUAUGUUAUGCUAGGAACUAUGGAUGUUCACCACCACUGGACCAAAAUUUUUGAGAGGCUGCCAAGUUACUCUGCACUACAAAGAAAAGUGCUGCUUUUGGAGGACCGUAUAAGCCAUCUCUUGGGAGGCAUACAAGUAACAUACAUAGAAGAGCUGCAGCCGAUGCUGACGGUGGAAGAGUAUUACUCUACUCUUGACAGUUUCCAUAACCGAGUGCGUAACAGCAGGCUUCCGUUUCACCCUCGUAGUCUGUGUGGAUUGCAAAUGAUUCUUGAGAGUGACAGGUACGCGCCAAGCUUGCAUGAACUCGGGCACUUUAUCAUCCCCACAGUCUGUGACCCAGCAGCCCUCCAGUGGUUUAUCAUCGCCAAAGCACAACAAGCAAGAGAAAAUCUGAAAAGAAAGGAAGAGUUAAUGGUGCUAGAAAAGGAGCUAAUAGAGGCUUCUGCUGAGAGAUUUGACCUUCAGCGACUAUACAAGGAGCCCAGUGUUUCCAGUGUGCAGAUGAUCCAUUCGUGCAAUAGACUGCUGAAGGCUUCGCUGCCGUACCUUCAAGGCAUGCGUCUCUGCAUCUCCCAUUUCUACUCUGUGCUGCAGGACGGAGACCUGUGUAUCCCUUGGAACUGGAAAAAUUGAACACCUCAUGGCCAUUUUUUUAUAUUUUGUGUAAGGGAAAAACAAACCUUGCUUAGAACUCUGGAAUAAAUUAUUGAAAGGUGCAUUUUCAUGGCAGUAUUACAAGUAUUCCGAUGAGUUUCUUUUGUUUUGAACUGCUGCUCACAAAGCUAUAAACUACUGUCUGAGACAAUUUGUUUCAAAACUGUACUAUACGGUCUUGCAAAAGACUAAAUGGUUUUCGUAAAAUGGCUGUGAUGAUCCAGCUUGAGGCUAUUGAUGAAAGGAUCUGUUGGGGAAUGAACUAUACAAAACUUGAAUGAAUUCUAAAGAACACAAAAAACAUUUAGGUUUUAUAUAUUGAAAAAUUAUGAAUUAUAGAUAUGUCCUAUAAUAUACAUGAACCUGCUGGUAUGGAUUUUAAUAUAUAAGAAAUUGUGCUUAGAGAAGCAUUCUCCAAACUAAAGGUGGUGAUUGAAGCUAAUCUGUCAUGCAAAAUUCCUUCUUGGUAGGACAGAUGGACUAUAAAACCCUCAAAACCAAUAUUUGAGGCCAUGCAUUGGGUUGCCAAUGUUCUAAGUUGUGUCCAUAUAUAAAAUAUAUUGUGAUAAGAGUAUUUAUUUUGCAGAAGUACUGUACAGCUUGUUUAAGUUUUUAUAAAUGUCUAUUAAAAACAGUUUAUCCGUUUUCACCUUGCACUUUUAGCAUGCUUUUUAAGAUACAUUUACAAAUGACAUUCACUGUUUUGGUUAUCUUCUGUACAUGAUUUGUAAGCAGCCCUCUUUCUAAAGUAAGGGGCUGAUUUGUGAUUCUUUGGAGGCAUAUUAGUGGCACACUUGCAAAUUAUUUCAGCUGAAGGGUGAAUAAACAUCACACAGGAGCUGCCUGUGCCUAUGGCUGAGUGCUGUAGAAACUCAACCAGAAGUGUGAAGGAUCUUCCUGGAAGCAGCAGUCCUGCUCCUUACUCCAUCUCUGUGCCAGCAGCAGGAAGCCAGUGAGCAGAGAGCAGGCUUUUUUAAUCAGCUAUUUGGACUAGUGAGGAACCAAGGACUGAAGUCCUUGAUACUUGUGAACUACAGGGCAAAAUAAUAAGGGGAAAUGUAUGGGUGCAUCUGCACAGAUGUGAUCCAGCUGUAUUGCCUUGAACAUCAGCAGUAAAAUAAACUCGGAUAUUGUACAUUUCAACCUACCUGAAAUGUUUACAAGGGUAUGUCUCUUUUCAAAAUGUAAAACCAGCAGGUGAACUAUUGAAUGGGGAAAAGAAGAAAUCAACAUUUGCUACGGUAAAUGGUGGAGCACCUCUGGUCCCAGUAACUUCAAUGGAUGGCGCACGGACCAUCACAUUUGCUAUUGCUGGCUGUUAAUAGUGUGAACGAUUUAUUGACCUAUGUCAGUAUUUUUAAACAUGUCAGUGAUGUCAGUGUGUUUUAAAAAUAAAGCAGAGUCCUAAGA